GGUGGCUGCCAUUGGCUGUCCGGCGAGAGAGGGAGUGACGCUCAGCAGCCGCUUUGUCCCGGCGCUCCCCAUUGGCGAGGCUGGGACGCUUUCUCCGCAAGCGGCGCAGGGAUUGGCGGCUGGGGGCGGCUCGACCGCCGGGGUGGGACUGCGGCGGCGGGGCGGCAUGGCCGGCAACGAGGCGUGGCGGCCGCCGCGGUCGUGCGAGGACUACUGGGCGGAGUGGAAGCAGUGCCGGGGCCUCCGCCACGCCUUCCACCACUACUACGCGCACGGGGAGCUGCCGUCCUGCGCGCAGUGGCGGGCGGACUACGCCGCCUGCCGCGCCUGGGAGAGCGGCGCCGGCGCCGCCGCGCAGGAAGCUUUGUGCAAGAGUGAGAGAUCUCGAGUUCUGGAAAAACAGAAAUAUGCUCCAGUGUGGCAGCUCAGGAAGAGCCCGCCAUCUGACUGGUACCUUCCACUCGACCAAGACAAACCAAAAUAACAAGACUGUUAUGCCAUAUUUGGUCAGUAUGUAAUACACAGUGCAGGACAAUGCUGUUUUUUCCUUCCACAUGAUCUUGAAGUUAUAGAAUUAUAGCUCUGCCCUGUAUAGUUUGUCCACCAGUUCAUUCGAGAAAUAUUGAAAGUUUAUUCAAACAGCCAGUAUUUUUUAAAGCGAGAAUUUAGUGCUUGAUUCCUUCCUGCUGUCUCACACUUCAGGACUUCUUUUCACCAACUGAGAUGCAAACAGCUCUCAAGUUAGCACAUCCGACUGCUCUUCCUCAACAAGGACUUCUUCCCUGACCUGCUGUUGUUAUACACUGUUGGAGCAAGGCACUACCCAAGACCUGCCACUUGAGAACACAAAAGCAGGCUAGGACUCCUCUUUGCCUGUGCAGGACGAUCAUAACCACUAGCAUUUAAAAGGCAUUAUACAGAUUCAGUGUUGUCAUACUUCAAAGAUUCUCUUGUGGUAGCAUGAUAUUGCAGAUCCUGAAGCAUGCCUGCCUUUGUGAAACUGCUUUUGGACAGUGGUGUUUGUUCUUUUUAAAUGUCUAUGGCAGUACUCAGUGUUACUACAAAAAUAAAAGCUUAAAUGACUGAAAAGAGGUCAGUUUCAUUCUAAGCAAAUACUGUAAAAUAUAGCAGCUUAUUACAAUAUUACUUACAUACUAAGUACACACUAAACUUCCUACUGUACUACAAGGCAAUAAAAAA